GUCAGCAGCCACACAGCUGAGCUCUGCACACAGAUGUCUGAGAGCACGAGAGCAGAGCUGGGACAAGGACCAUGUUAACGGAGGGUUCAGAUCAUCAUAAAGAGUGGAAUCUGUGCAGAGAGGACGAGGACACGAGGCAGUGAUAACUCUGAUCAGCUCGGAGAUGAACAGCUGCAGACUGAAGGAUGUGAAGAUGUGGGCCUUGAUGGGAGUAGUCUGCCUGUGCCACUGUGUCUUCGGUCAGCUGUUUGACACCAGAGUGAAAGGAGCGCCUCGUCUGAUCUGCAGCGUCCCCGGGUCACCAGGCUCCCCUGGCAAACCCGGCCCCAGCGGCCCUCCGGGAGCAGAUGGGAAUGUGGGUAUCCCUGGAAGAGAUGGCAGAGAUGGCAGGAAGGGUGAAAAGGGAGAAAAGGGAGACACAGGGUUAAAGGGUAGAGUCGGUCCUACGGGAAAAAUUGGAGCUCGAGGGGAUCGAGGCCCUGCAGGUAAAAGAGGCCCCACAGGAGAGGGCGGAGGCGUGGGGCUUGUUGGCCUUCCUGGUCGUGAAGGACAGAAAGGAGACAAAGGUGCACGUGGGCCUCCUGGAACUGCAGGAAUCUGCAAGUGCGGCAGCCUGCUGCCAAAAUCUGCCUUCUCUGUGGGGAUCACCAGUAGCUACCCUGCAGAGAACACCCCCAUCAAGUUCAACAAGGUGCUGUUUAACGAGGGAGGACACUACAACCCACAGACAGGGAAGUUUAUCUGUGCAUAUCCUGGCAUUUAUUACUUCUCCUAUGACAUUACACUGGCCAACAAACACCUGGCCAUCAGUCUGGUUCAAAACGGCCAGUAUCGCAUCAAGACCUUUGAUGCUAACACAGGGAACCAUGAUGUAGCAUCGGGCUCCACUGUCAUGUACCUAAACCCAGAGGAUGAGGUGUGGAUGGAGAUCUUCUUCAAUGAUCAGAAUGGUUUAUUUGCAGACCCAGGCUGGGCUGACAGCUUGUUCUCUGGCUUCCUUCUGUAUGCAGAUACAAACUACUUUGACACACUGGCAGAGGACUACGCAUAGAAACUGGAAGCACAUAUCAGAAACUGCUGGUCAAAGUUGUUUUAUUACACAAGCAGUAUGGUCAGACUAUAUUUUUAUACAAGUGUUUGUACUGCUAUAUAGAAUAUUAUUAUUGCAGAGUCUUAUCUACUGAUUUAAAAUGAUAUAGUUUGAUAAGCUUGAAUAAGUCUCUGAUUUUUAUUUUGGUGUUUUAAUGCGGGAGCUAUAAAAAAAUAAACAUUGUUUACAGUUA